ACCACCACCCACCAACCAAUCCUCCUAUACCACUAUCUCCGGCAUCCCCAGAUUAUCUCCUCUAGAUCAUCAUCAUGGUUUCCAAGACUCUGGCCCUCGUCCUAGCAAUCAGCUCUGCUGUUUCUGCCGCUCCCGCUCUUCAACCUCGCCAAGACAAGUGUCAAGAUGCCUACAAGGCUUGCUCUGCAGCUGGAAUCAAGGCCAUUGUCUGCGAGUGCUCCCUCACCGCCUGCCUCGGUGAGGACAGCGCCCGCAACCGCGCAUACUGCUUCACUGCCACUGCCGGCCUCCCGCAAUUCACACCCUCGCCCACCACCAUCCCCGGUGGCCUAGGCUGCAACCCUGCCCACCCAGGAUCAUGCCCGCCGUCCUACUUCUCGUCGCUCUCCGCCCAACUUGCCGCGACUCCCAUCCCAACCAGCAUUCCCGGUGGCUGCAAUCCUGCUCACCCAGGAUCGUGCCCUGAGUCCUACUUCUCGACCGCUGGUGUGACGCCCGUUGCAACUAGCAUCCCAGGUGGCUGCAACCCAGCCCACCCCGGCUCCUGCCCUACUGCCACUUCCACCUUCACCCCUGCUCUCCCUACACACACCGGAAAGGCCGGUCCCAACCCCAUCAAGGUUGAGGGCAAGACCUGGACCAUCGCCAACCUGACCCGCUACUGCGGUGACGGCAACGUCGGCUGCGACUACAACUUCGCCAUCGAGGCCAACGGCCAGGUCGAGCGCUGCACUAUCAUCCGCAAACCCGGUUCCAACGCUGCCACCGAGAGCUGGAAUGACCAGCCCUGCACCCAGGGAUCCAACACCACCGUCUCUUGGGGAUACGCCGCCGGCGCUGUUCCUCCCUUCGCUGUCCUCACUGUUGUUGAGGCUCAGGAGCUUGCUUGGUUCGGUGUCUCCAACGUCAACGGCCAGGAGGUUACCCCUAACAACCCUUUCGGCUCCGGCAACUACGGUACCAUUGGCCCUCUCCAGGUCUUCUCUUACUACGAGUAAGCCCCGACCUACCUCUGAGAAGAUGAACGGUUUUACGACAAGCAUUUUUAGUUGGCGCAGGAAUUAGAUAGAACGAC